AUGUUUCGCUCAGUGUUGGUCCUGCGCUCCGCUGGCAAGUGGCACGGUUACGGAUUUUGUUUCAAUUUGAGCACGGUGACGUCUUUAGCAGCGAGAACGAUGCAUAGCAAUCCCUUGAAGCAAAGCCAGGCCUUUGUAAAUGGGCGCUGGGUUGGAGCUCGUUCGGGAACCACAUUCGAUGUGCAAAAUCCCGCCAACGGGCAAGUUUUGGGUGCCGUGCCGGAUAUGAACCGGGAGGACGUCCAGCUGGCCAUCGAUGCGGCAUAUGAUGCAUUCUACCAGCCAGGGUGGCAGAAUAGUACCGCGAAGGAGCGGUCAGCACUGCUGAAGAACUGGCACGCGCUGAUGGAGAAGAAUCGGCAAGAAAUUGCCAGCAUUAUGACCGCGGAAUCGGGAAAACCGCUGGUGGAAUCGCUGGGUGAGGUCACGUACGGCAACUCGUUCGUCGAGUGGUUCGCAGAGGAGGCUCGCCGCAUCUACGGUGAAAUUGUCCCAUCGCCCGUAGCGAACCGACAGAUUAUGAUGACGCGCAAUCCGGUCGGUGUGGCGGGUCUGAUAACGCCCUGGAACUUUCCUCACGCCAUGAUCACGCGCAAAGCGGCCGCUGCGAUUGCGGCGGGCUGUACGGUGGUUAUUAAACCGGCAGAAGAUACGCCCCUGACAGCGCUAGCAUUGGCUCGUUUGGCUGAGGAGGCUGGCUUCCCGAAAGGUGUUAUCAACGUGAUAACGAGUAGCCGAACACAUGCAGCCGAAAUUGGGCAGUUGUUGUGUGGUAGCGAUAAGGUGGCGGCCAUAUCGUUUACCGGGUCAACCGAAGUCGGCAAGCUGCUCUACCGACAGUGUGCAGAUGGUGUUAAACGUAUCGGGCUGGAACUGGGUGGCAAUGCACCGUUCAUCGUGUUUAAAUCGGCCGAUAUGGAGAAAGCACUAACUGGGGCCAUGAACUCCAAGUUCCGAAACUGCGGCCAGACAUGCAUUUCCGCCAAUCGGUUCCUUAUCCAGGACGAAGUACACGAUGAGUUUGUGGAGAAGCUAACUGAGCGAAUUCGUAAGCUUGCAAUAGGCGAUGGCAGUCAGGAAGGCAUUCAGAUUGGUCCGCUUAUCAACCAGGCGCAGCUUACUAAAGUGGACCGUUUCGUGAAAGAUGCGAAGGAGAAAGGUGCCACGAUACGUUGCGGUGGUCAAACCCUGCCGAAACAUGGCUCUCUUUAUUACGAACCGACGGUCGUGACAGACCUGCGGGACAAUAUGCUCCUGUACAAUGAGGAAGUGUUCGGUCCGGUAGUUUCGGUGGUACGGUUCAAGACGGAAGCCGAAGCACUUGCCAUUGCUAACGGGACGCGACGUGGACUGGCCGGGUAUUUCUUCUCGAACGAUCUGAACCAAGUGUUCCGGGUGGCCCGUCAACUGGAGACGGGUAUGAUCGGCAUCAACGAGGGGCUCAUAUCAGCUACCGAGGCUGCAUUCGGAGGAAUCAAAGAGUCGGGCAUUGGGCGUGAAGGCUCACGCCACGGUAUCGAUGAAUAUGUCUACAUUAAGUAUCUUUGCUACGGCAACCUCCAGUAA